CCUUUUUGCCCAACCCAGCUGCAUAGCGGCCCGGCCCGAUCACGGAAGGGAGUCGACAAAAGUGAGAGUCUCAUCACCUUCGUGCUGUAGUUUACCGUCAACUUUUGGGCAGUCUGGGCGUCUUAGUCUGAAAAGUUUGCCUGUGUAAAAAGUUCUUAUUUACGCCUCGAACAAAGAGCCCAAGUUAUAACAUAAAGUGCGCUAUUAUCGUUCAUAACAUAAUGCUGAAAUCGAUUCUUCUAAUAGCUGCAUGUGCAGUAGCUGCAGCGAAUGCACAGUUCAGUUGUCCGAAGAGCAGAGGGCAGUUCGAGGAUCCGAUCCAGUGCGAUAAGUACUACGAGUGUGAUGAGGGCGUAGCCACAGAAAAGUACUGUGCAGAUGGACUGGUUUUUGACCCAUCGAUCAAGCUUAUCAACAAAUGCGAUCAACCCUUCAACGUGGACUGUGGCGACCGUCUCGAGUUGCAGGAACCAAAAGGCACCACCGAGUACUGUCCUCGCAAAAAUGGUUUCUUCACUCACCCGGAUCCAGCCAUCUGCAAUAUUUUCUACAAUUGCAUCAAUGGGGAAGAGCUAGAAAUGACUUGCUCGGGUGGGCUACACUUUGACGAAAAAUCCGGAACCUGCGUCUGGCCUGACGUAGCGGCACGUACGGGAUGUGGCAGCAAUAGUAACAAGAAACUGAAUGACGGAUUCCAGUGUCCAAAGGAAACAAGAACGGACAAAAACGGUCAGAUUAUCACACAUCCCAACUAUCCGCAUCCAACCGAUUGCUCGCGUUUCUACUAUUGUCUAAAUGGCAUUGACCCUCGCCAAGGACAAUGCGACGCUGGUCUAGUAUAUAACGAGGAUGUACAGCGUUGUGAUACCCCGGAUAAUGUCCCGGAAUGCAAAGACUGGUAUAAGGAAGACGAUGAAAAGAAGACUCGCUAAGGAUAAAUCCAGUGUUACUACGAUCUAAGUAGUGCAGUUGAGUACGAAUGCGUGAGAUGGCAGCGAUAUUGACGGGUCCCGUUUACUGGGGUCAUUGCUGAAACUACAAGCUCGCUUCGAAGAACAAUAGCUAUAUUUAAAAUUGUGAUUUCAAAAGUAGAUGUUUUGUGAACUACUCUCAACAAAUAACAUAUACGCGUAGAAAAUCUUUUAACAAA